AUGACUCGAUCCAAUUCUACAGGAGAGUUUGAAUUUGAUCCAGAAAUCGAACGCAGUUUACGAAAGUUGCGAAAAGAGUCACGUCAAGCAAGUUCUUCAUCUCCUGAUCUAAACAUAGCCCUUGGUUCAGCAUCCCACAGUUCAUCCAGUGAUCCGGAUUCAGAGAUAAAAGAAGAGAUGGCCACUGGCAGAACAUUAAAGGAGUUGGCUGCCCCUGAUUUUAAUCAGCAGCCUUUGUGUAUUUAGUACCCUACUUUAGAUGUUGCUUUUGAAUUGAAGUCUGGUCUAAUUCACUUGUUGCCUACAUUUCGUGGUCGUGCAGGUGAAGAUCCAAAUAAACAUCUAAAGGAGUUUCACGUUGUCUGUUCAAGCAUGAAACCGACUGGAGUGACAGAGGAUCAUAUUAAGUUGCGAGCUUUUCCUUUUUCGUUGGGGGAUGAUGCAAAGGAUUGGCUCUAUUAUUUACCAUCAGGGACAGUCACAACAUGGAAUGAGAUGAAAAGGAUGUUUUUAGAAAGAUAUUUCCCAGCAUCUAGAGCUGCCACCAUCAGGAAAGAGAUAUGUGGGAUAAGGCAAUAUAAUGGAGAGACGUUGUAUGAAUAUUGGGAGCGAUUCAAGAAGCUAUGUGCAAGCUGUCCUCACCACCAGAUUUGUGAUCAAUUGCUAAUUUAGUAUCUCUAUGAAGGAUUGCUGCCUAUGGAAAGAAAUAUGAUAGAUGCAGCAAGUGGAGGUGCGUUGGUGGAUAAGACUCCUGAAGCUACCAAACAGUUAAUCUCAAACAUGGUUGCCAAUUCCCAACAGUUUGGUACAAGACAUGAUGCGCCACCCAAAAGGGUGAAUGAGGUAAGUACAUCUUCCAUUGAACAACAAUUAUCUGAUCUUACCUCUCUUGUUAGACAACUGGCUGUAGGGAAUGCGCAACAAGUAAAAGCUUGUGGGAUAUAUUCGACAAUGGGACACCAAACGGACAUGUGCCCAACACUUCAAGAGGAAGGGACUGAACAAGUCAACGCAGCAGGAAACUUUCCUGGACCAUCGAGGCAACAUGAUCCUUACUCCAACACGUACAAUCCAAGUUGGAGAGAUCAUCCAAAUUUCAGUUGUGGAGGAAAUAGACAAUUUCAACAAGAUACAAGAUCUAGUAUUCAAAGUCUAAAGAAUCAGAUGGGUCAAAUGGCAACUGCUAUAAGUCGUUUAGAGGCUCAAGUUGGAGGGAAGUUGCCUUCUCAAACAGUGGUGAAUCCAAAGGAGAAUGUGAAUGCAGUGACACUAAGAACAGAGAUUGAAGAUGAAAUUGAGAAAGAAGAGGCUACAACUGAAUCAAAGGUAAUUCCUAACCCUUCAAUUCAACUUCAAUCUAAUACUUUUCCUUUUCCUGGCAGAUUCGCGAAGUCAAAGAAAGAAGAGAAGGAUAAAGAAAUUUUGGAGAUGUUUCGCAAGGUGGAAGUGAAUAUACCUCUGUUGGAUGCAAUUAAGCAAGUGCCAAGGUAUGCGAAAUUUCUUAAGGAGCUAUCCACCAAUAAGCAAAAGUUGAACGGUGAUGAGAAGAUAAUAAUGGGAGAAAAUGUGUCAGCAGUUUUCCAAAGAAAACUUCCUCCCAAAUGCAAGGAUCUAUGUAUGUUUACAAUUCUUUUUAAGAUAGGUAACACUAUUAUUGAGAGAGCUAUGUUAGAUUUAGGAGCUUCGAUUAAUGUUAUGCCACGAUCUAUUUAUGCUUCAUUAAAUCUAGGUCCUGUGAAAGAUACUGGUGUUAUUAUCCAAUUGGCUGAUCGUACUAAUGCAUACCCUAAAGGGGUAGUUGAGGAUGUUUUUGUGUAGGUCAAUAAGCUAGUGUUUCCGACUGAUUUCUACAUUCUAGAUAUGGAUGAUUCCUCUUCUCCUGACCCUGCACCUAUCUUACUAGGAAGACCAUUCCUAAAUACAGCUCGGACAAAAAUAGAUGUUCAUGAUGGUACCCUCACGAUGGAAUUUGAUGGUGAAGUAAUUCGUUUUGAUAUUUUUAAUGCCAUGAAAUAUCCAACUGAUGUUCAAUCUAUUUUUGCUAUUGAUGUUGUUGAUCCUGUUGAUUCCAUAGUGCAAGAGGUCUUUGAGUUGAAUAAUGUAGAUGAGUUAGAGGUUGCCCUUCUCAAACAUGUGGAAUCAGAGGAGAAAGUAGAGAUGGAGCUCAGUGAAGAAUUGAAGGAGACAUUGGCAGCUUUACAUUCUUUAAAACCGAUUCCAGAAAGGCCCUAUACUGGAGUUGAAGCCAUUACCAAGCCAUUUGAAGUAUGUGUACUUGGGAGAGAAUGA